GUUUCAUUACUAAGGUAAAGACACCUGAGCUACGCACACUUGAUCCUUGAACAUGAAAUUUAAGAGGUUGUAACGAUCACGGUUUCAAUCCUAUAUAAGGUGGAAAAUGAGCAUCACAGACAUGCUCAGUGCUGAUGACAUCGCGGCAGCCCUGCAGGAAUGCCAAGACCCAGACACUUUUGAACCACAAAAGUUCUUCCAGACAUCGGGCCUCUCCAAGAUGUCAGCCAGCCAAUUGAAGGACGUCUUUCGGUUCAUAGACAAUGACCAGAGUGGAUACCUGGAUGGAGAAGAACUCAGGUAUUUCCUCCAGAGGUUCCAGAGCGAUGCUAGAGAACUGACUGAGUCAGAGACCAAGUCCUUGAUGGAAGCGGCGGACAAUGAUGGAGAUGGAAAGAUUGGGGCUGACGAAUUCCAGGAAAUGGUGCAUUCUUAAAGCCCAAGUCUAUGGAAGAAAGAGAAGGAGGGGCAUUCUGCCAGAAGGUCUCCAAAGUCCUGGGACUGGGAGCUCUCCAACCUAUCCCAAACUCAUUUGCUGAUUCCCCCGUCUGCAAAGUGCUCCUUAUUUGAGGAAACAAGAUGGUUUGUGGCCCUUCUCUGAUGGUGGUGGGUAGGUCCUGAUGAUUUCUGUGAGCAUCCCCUUCCUGGCAGACGAUGCCUUUAAAAAUCACCCAAUAAAAUCAUUUCUCAUCAUU